AUGCGCGUCGGCGUCCCGUCGACGCGCGCGCCGUCGACGCGCCCAUCGCCAUCGUUCGCGCCGUCCGCGUCGUCGUCGUCCGCGCGCGCGUCGCGCCCCGCGCGCGCGAACACCGUCUCGACACUCUUCGCAACCGGCGACGACGCGCGCGGCGACGCGUCGCGUCGCGCCGAUCCCGCGCCCGAGACGCGGUGUCCGGUGUGCCGCGGCACGGGCUGGAAGCCGUGCGGGCAGUGCGAGGGCACGGGGAUCAACCCGAGCGACGCGUUCGGGGGCAAGUUUAAAGCCGGCGACGCGUGUUGGCUGUGCGAGGGCAAAAACGGCGCGCGGACGAUGUGCGGGAACUGCGUCGACCUCACGGACACGUUUUGA